AUGCCAAUUUAUCAUUCACAAGUAAACUAUGGCAUAGAAUUUUUAAAUAAUAAUAAUAAUAAUAAUAACAAUCAAAUAAUUCCAAAUGAAGUUAUAAUGCAAUUAUAUGAUGAAUGUAAAAAUCUUCAAACAAAAAUAACACCAUAUCUUUCAUCUGUUAUUGAAAAGAAUUUACUUGAGAAACUUUUGAUUUUAAAUGAUAACUUAUCAACAACUUUACAAAAAUAUGAUGAAAUGUAUAACAAACACAAAGGAAAAUCUAUUACUGUUACUUUGUCAAAAGAACCCAAAGUUCCAGAGGCUCCAUCGGAUUCCAAUACAUCUUCCAAUGAUCAAGUUGAAUCUGCUGAUAGCAAUAAUUCCUCUACAAUUAGUCACACAAUACCCAUUUCUACGCCCAUUUCUCAAACAACUUUAUUACCAAAAACAACUUCUUCAACAGAGCCUUUUUCAAUUAUUGACUCAGAAGAUGAUGAAUGA